AUGAGGAAGAAGAAGAAGGAGGAGCUGCCAAAGGAGAAGGAGAAAACGAAGAAUGAAAUGCUGCUGCCACCGCUGCUGCAGCCGGAGAAGAAGAAGGACCAGAGGAAAAUUAAAGAAGAGGACAAGAAGACGCCGCUGCUCCCAGAGAAGGAGGAGGAGGAGAAAAGGUGCUGCACCGAUGCUGGAGACUUUGCUGCCGCUGCUGCACCGCCGAUGUUGCCAGAGAACAAAGAAGAGGACAAGAAGACACCAUUACCGUUAGAGAAAGAGGGGGAGGAGGAGAAAAGCUGCCAUGCCGCUGCCGCACUGCCGACGUUGUUGUUGCCGUCGCUGUCGAAGGAGAAGAAAAAGGAAGGAAAGAGGAGGAGGAAGAAGGAAGGAAGGAAGGAAGUAGGAAGAAAGGAGGAAGAAGGAAUGAAGGAGGAGGAGGAAGGAAGAACGGGAGGGGGAAGGGUUCCGGCCGCUGGGGGGUGA